AUGGUACAUUAUUUACUAUGUGUUGAUGGUUCAGAAAAUUGUAAUAGGGCAUUUCAAUUUUUAAAAAAUAAAAUGGUUGAUGCAAAUCAUGGUGAUAGAGUAACUUUAAUGCAUUUUACACACCAUAUUGAAACACCAUCCCUUUUAAAUCCAAUUUCAGAUAAUUUAGAUAAAAUUUCAAAUAUUGAAGAACAAGAAAAAGCAAACGAUUUAAAAAAACAUUAUGCCGAUAAAUGUGAAAAAUCGUUUCCAGAGAAAUUAAAUUGGGAAUAUAUUAAUGUAGUUAAAGCAAGUAUGGAUGAUAUUAUUGAUGCUAUUAAAGAUAAAAAGCCAGAUUUAGUAGUUGUUGGUACAAGAGGUAAUGGGUUUAUAAAAAAGAUGAUUUUGGGCAGUUUUAGUGAAAAGAUUGUUAAAAACUCUCCAAUUCCAGUCAUUGUUGUUCCAUAA